AUGCCAAAGCAUGCCAUGAAGGCAAGUCGUAAAGGGGUACCCGUCUGUGGGGAAAAGAAGGCCGGAACCGCGUUUCCGACAAGAGACUUGGUCUCCGUAGCAUGUAUGCAUACUGCCAACAUAGAAGGCAAAGAAGGCGCGCUUGUUACAACACAUUCCCAUGGAGGCUUUUGCGAGGUCGCCGCCGAGAACGCAUGUAUGAACUCCACAGAGGGCACCGAACACGACGAGUAUAGUGAACACGGCAUGUUCGGCGACAACGCGGGCUCGCUGAGCUCUUCAAUCUCAGAAGCAGAGCGACAAGUAGAGAAAUCAAGGCAGGCGCCUCACGCCCAUGAGUCCAAGUACAUUGUUCCCGCCCCCGCCGUGCGACAAAAGCAGGGCCCUUGGUCGCAGAGACCCAACCCAAAGCGCACACGGGGAGACCGAUGA